CUUCUACUUCCAUCUCCCAGUCGUCUCUUAUCUUUCCAUACCUCAGCCCUCAUCCGUCUAUUCAGCCACCGCUUCAUUCUUUCGCUCACAGCGCUGUACUCGCACUUCCGUCAAAGACCACGAGAACGUAUCACUCCUAUCUUUCUCCAAACCACACCGUCACUCACCGUCCUAUCCAUACGCCGAAAAUGUCUGCAAGCCCAGCCUCCUCCGCUGGCGGCGAAACCAAGAGCGCCGACCAGAUUCACUUUCGCUUCUGUCGCGAAUGCUCCAACUUGCUGUACCCCAAGGAAGACCGCGUCAACAACCGCCUGAUGUUCACAUGUCGAACCUGCCAUGUCGGCGAGCCCGCCACCUCCUACUGCGUCUACCAAAACAAACUCAACACCCAAGUCGGCGACACUGCGGGUGUCACCACAGAUGUGGGAUCUGAUCCUACGGUUUGUCUCCCGGGUUUCUGUGAUCGCUGCGGGGAAGAGAUUACCUGCUUUGUCUGCGAGUCAUGGUCGGAGGAGUCAUGGUCGGAAGAGGACUAUGAUGACUUCAUGAUGAACUGAGACCGGACUUGGUUCCCGCUCAUGGGCUACCUUCACAUAACCUUGGGAUCCUGUGGCUAACCCUCACCUUUUUUUUCAUAUUAGCUUCCCCGGUCCAACAAGCUCUGCCCGAGCUGCGGUGAAGCCGAAGCAGUCUUCUUCCAGUCGCAACAGCGAUCUGCGGAAACCGGAAUGGUGAGGCCUUCUGCCUGCAAUCUCCCCAUCUCGAACCUGCUGCUGACGUGGACUUUCUUUUUCUUCCUUUCCUCAGAAACUUUACUAUGUGUGCUGCGCGUGCGGCAAUGUCUUCAUGUAACCUUGGAGUUUGUGUCUAUUUUUGACGACCUGAUACCCGAUGUUGGUCUCUUUUCUUGCUAUUUGUUGUGGAGUUAUGGCGAUGCCUGGGAAAA